AUGCCUCAGGCAGAGGAAGCUACGGUUGAGCUACGGAGUCAAUCUGAAACUUUUGUCGACAUCGUUGCUUCAAGCGGCUAUAGUCCUGAUGCUCUUGGAUCCACCAAAACUCGGCAUACGAUGAUAUGGAAAAUGCAACAGUCCGGAGAGAGAAGUAAAGGAGCUGUGGAUCUUCCUCUGCACUUUGAAGGAAAAACGGUCAACUCACGGAUCCUCGUCGAAUCUCUCAUCCAGACUACCAAAACAGCAAUCUGCAAGAAUGAACUCCUGGUCCUCCCAUCUGCCCAAGAAUGCUCCGAAAAGUCAAUGAAUCCAUGCAAAAUGUAUCGCCUGCGGAGCUGGGCUAUGAGCGGUCUGCUCCUCGCAGCCCGAUUUCUCAAGGGCGACAACCAUCUGGCGGUAGGCUGUGCUGUUGCGGAAACGAAUUCAGUCCAGAAUAUCGGUCACCACCGACCGAGCAUCAGACUCAAGCUUCGUAAAGCUUUGCUCGGCUUCUUUGAAGAUUUUCUGGGUCUCGACAUCAAGAAAGCCAGAGUUGAAGUCUUCAAAUAUGGUCCCAUGCAUAUGGCUACUUGGUAUCUCGUAUGCUUCGUUUAA